CAAUAUAAUCCGAGUAGAACAAUAUUUUUUUGUUAUUUUGUGCAGUACUUCGUACCCACGCGCGAACCACAAAUCUCGUUCGUGCGCUGCGGUCAACAGUUGUUACAAGUGACAAGGAAUACAAGUGUGCUGGGGUUACUUAAAAGUUACGACCUUACAAGAAAGUUAUUUUAAAACUCCCGUCCAAGCGGUCAAACUAAAUUUCGCUAGAAUGCGUUACAUUCUGUUAUUCUGUGUCACCGUAUUAAACAUCGGAACUUUAAAGACAGAGUUGAUAGACUAUUCGCCAAAAAACAACGUCAGGAUGAUUGGCUCGAUGCUCCCGAAGUUCUUGAAAAUACGUACGGAAAGUAAAGAACGCGAAGGAAGGGACGAUCAGCAAAAGUGGAACUUUCAGCCGAAUGAUCCGAGGUUUCGAAAAAUUCAGUAUCUCAACAGUGACAGUGCCUAUGGAAACCAAGAAAGAGACUUCGCAGAGGCCGACUACUUGCCGAUCGACCAACUGGACGACACGCAAUUGACGGAGCUGUCGAUCGACCUGCUACGAUCCCUGUAUCUCCCGGCGGCUUCCCAAGCCCCUCCUCUAAUCGCUGUGAAGGCCGAUCGUGAUGACUCGAUGGAAGACGGGCCGUUUUCGGUGGAAUACAACCGCCGGCGAAAUGUCUCGAAGAGGGCCCGGCUCUACAUGAAGUUCCCGUUCAAAAGACAACACUCCAGAAUUUACACCAGUCCCGACUUUGACAUCAUAUGUAGCCCAUCGAGGAACGAAAUCGUCAAACUCCUGUCGGUCUUGCACAACACGCGGAACGGCAACAAGGUGUUUGUCGAUUUUUGCAGUCGGCGGAGGCCCACGAAUGCUGUGUACACGAAUAUUCGAUUUCUCGGACGAAGGAGAAGGUAAACGAUUUGCGCACGAGAACGAUAUUUUUUUUUAAGCACUGUCUCGGGAAACUGAGAUUUUUUUUUUUUUAGUGUUUACAAAACCUUCACGAACUUUUGAAUCUCUUGGGCAAAAAAAAAUUACCAUCUUUUU